AUGAAAGCGCUCACACUAUAUGACCAGGCAGGAGGUAAUGCAUCUGCAGCUAAUGAAUAUGCUGUGAUAAAAAAGCAGUCAGAGGGAAUAAGUAUCUUGCUAACCGUACUUCUGUCUUUAAUCGUCCUGCUCAUAGUUUUAGGGAACAGUGUUGUGAUAUUGGCUUUCAUUGUGGACAGGAGACUCCGAACUCGCAGUAACUUCUUUCUCCUAAAUCUGUCCAUUUGUGAUUUUUUAGUAGGAGCCGCCUCCAUCUCCAUGUAUAUACCGUAUAAGGUCACGGGCAAAUGGAUGAUUGGAAUGUAUUUAUGCAAACUAUGGAUAACGAUUGACUACACAAUAACAACUGCUUCUGCCUACAGUGUCGUUCUCAUCAGUUAUGACAGAUUUCUUUCUGUCAACGAGGCUGUUGUACAUCGCUCUCUACAAAAUAGACACAGAAGGACAGCAUUUAAUAUGACCCUCGUUUGGAUACUUUCAUUCCUUGUCUAUGGACCAGCCGUUCUUCUGUGGGAGAUCUUUACUGGUACCAGUCACCUUCAAGGAGACAACUGCCGUGCUGGGUUUCUUGAUAUAUGGUAUUUUACUCUUGGUGCAUCUACUUUAGAUUUCAUCGUCCCACUUCUCAGUAUUUCCUUUUUUAAUUUACGAAUCUACCUAGAAAUUAUAAAACGCAGCAAAAAGAGACAACAUUGUUCAUUUUCUAGUUCUUCCAAGGAAAAACCAAAAGAUAUGCCAUUUACCAUAACAAACAAUAUUGUCCUUUCAUCAGCACAGACAAAUGACACAGGGGAUAGUAACUCUUCUCAGUUCGGUUCUGAAGGAUAUAACCGACUUAAUACUAGCAAUAAACUUUCUCAGGACAAGAAGGCUGCAAAAUCUCUUGCAAUUUUGGUUUCUGUUUACUUUCUAUGCUGGACUCCUUAUUCAUUCCUUGCUUGUAUCCGUGCUGCCUGCCGAGGGUACUGUGCUGAUUAUUUCUCUGUUGAAAUUACAGUUUGGUUUAUAUGGACUAAUUCAGCAGUUAACCCUAUCCUUUACCCUGUGUGUCACAAAAGUUUCAGAAAGGCUUUCAAGUUGCUUUUAGAACGAUUUAUGACAUUCUUCUUAAUUUAA